GCAGAUGAAUCAGUAAUUAGAGUACAUUGAACACUGGAUCAUGCUGGAUAACACAAUCUUCACUGUCCCAGUUCCAGUCAUUUUUUUCAGAUUGACAUUGAUUGAUCUUGAAUGUUUUGGAUAAGAAAAUGAUCAUUUGCUACUCGUACACUAUGUUUGUAGAUGGAAGCAAAUAUCAAUGCCUCACAUUCAGUGUCCGUACCUGCAGGAAGUACAAACAGGUCCAGAGUCCAUUUAGGAUCAGCUGUGUUAUGAAGUGUUUCUUUGCAGGGAUGUCAGUCAACAGAUUGUGGAAAGAUGGAGUGGAUAAACCUGCACGGAUUCUCCUGGGACAACAGCCGGACAGUGUCACAGUCGUUGGACAACGACACCUGGAAUCCUUCAACUUUCAGAAUCCUCAGAAGCCACCUAUGCAGUGGACAGUCCUGUGGGACAAAUGCCUCAACAGCAGCGUAACUCCAGAUUGUGACUAUGACAUCACCGUGUUCCACCUGAGGGAAGAAGAGAACCGGGUGUUUGUUUGCGGAACAAACAGUAGAGAAACUCUGUGCUGUAACAUGGUCACGUCAGCGGAGUCGCUCGUGUGCGCGCCCACUGAUGAUCUGCGCUCCAUUGAAACGAGUAUAAAGAAUCGUGUCCUGAAGGAAGGGGAACUAUCACUACUUGUUGAAUCUCCAGGAGCUCCACAUCUCUACAUCACACAUUCCGGAACUGACUCCAGUGAUGGGAUCCACAAGAUUGGGAAAGACAAAGUUGGGCCGUCAUACCACACUAAAGAGCAGCACUACGUUGGUUUGAUGCUCAGCAGACGCCCGGAGAAUAACCAACAAGACAGAAUCUAUGCCUUCUAUAAUGAAAAAAACAGGGACCCGAGCAUGGACGCCAGCAUGUGGCUGCCCUUUGUGACCCAGGUUUGCAUGGCCGACAAAGGAGGGAGGAAAAACAACCUGCAGUUUAAAUGGACCUCCCAGAUGAGUGCCAGACUUUACUGUGGAGACCGGACCAGCAGACAGCAUUACUCUGAGCUGGUGGGCAUGGCCACAGUUCCGGCGGAACAAUGGCAGGACACCAAAGUCUACGGGCUCUUCAGAAACCAGUGGGGUUUCAGCGCCGCAUGUGUCUACACAAUACGAGAUAUCCACGACAUCUUCAUGAAGUCUCCAUUGAAAAGCUCAGGGAACCCAAAACAGAGGAGUCGGCUGUGUGUUGCAGACAGCACAAUGUUAUCUGCACAAACCCUGAAGGAGAUAGAAGAGACAUCUGAGGUGGAGGACUGGGUCCAACCUCUGAACGCAUCGGGCCCACUUCUCUUUAGUCACCACCACUACAAGCACAUCGCCGUUGACACUUUCCAGGAUGAGAGGAAUAAUCGCCACACCGUCCUCUUUCUGUCACUACAGAACGGAGCAGUUCACAAAGUGAUGGAGAACCACGAGGGCUUUAUCAUCGCUGAGUAUCAACCAUUCCAUCACAGAGCCCACAUCCUCAGCAUGACCCUGCAGCCUUCCACUAGGCGGCUGUAUGUGAGCAGCAGACAUGAAGUGGUGCAGCUGGAUGUGGCAAACUGUGUCCAGUAUGGAGACAGCUGUGAGGAGUGCGUCUUAGCCAGAGAUCCAUACUGUGGCUGGAACGGCACACAGUGCGUCCCACAUGGAAGGCUGCAGGAUGUGAACCAAGGAAACCACAUGAUCUGCAAAUCAUCUCUCCAAGGAAAAGGCAUCUCCGUGACUGUCAUGGACAUUCCUCCACAGUCCAUGUGCAUGUUGCGCUGUCCGGUCUCCUCCCAUCACGCAGAGUACACCUGGCAACAUCACGAAUGGUCAACAGGUUGCAGCUGGAAGGAGCAGGAUUGCCUGCUGCUGAUUGACAACAUGGGUACAAAGGAGGCGGGAAACUACACGUGUGUGUUUGAGGAGAAAGGGUUCAGUAAGACCCUGAGGCUGUACCAGCUUCGGGUGAAAAGCAGAGCAGCAGAGCAGACUCCAAAGCCUCUGGUCUGGAUUUGUCUGAUAUGGACGGUGUUGAAGAAUCUGUGCAGUUAGUGACAUCGCUGCUUGUUAUAUGUAUGACUUAAUAACAUCAUGUAGGGAUCUCCAACCCUGUUCCUGGAGAACACCGUCUGGAUGUUCUCCAACUCUCACUUUACUCCACCCACAGCUAAAGAGUGAAGUCAGGUGUGUCCAUCCAAUCAAGAGCUGGGAAGCACCAGCAUUAAUUAAUCAGGUGUGUGUGUGAGAGCAGGUCAACAUAGAAAGCGAGGGGGGUAGGUGUUCUCCAGGAACAUGGGCUGCAUACAUUGUCCAACACCCAUAAUCACAGGUCAUUCAUUUGGAGCAAUUUUGUCCAUUUGUUGGCAGAUUUUUACCAAACCUGAUCCAUGGAUGAAGGUCGACCUUGAAUUGUCCUGAAAUGGUUUGUUUUGGUCAAAUUCAUUCAUUGGGGUCAAAGGUAAAAUUAUUGUACUCCAAUUUCCAACCAACCUGGCACACGUCUAUAGGUGAGUUUACUUCAACUUUACUGCUGUUGCCAAAGGUCCAGUGUUGCUGUUAUUGAUAAAUAUUUGCAAAGUUUUUUUUUAUCAAACCUUGUUGAGCAUGUAGCUAAAUGUAUGAGGCCUUGACCCCGGAACUGCCCUGAAAGGGUUCAUUUUGGAUCCAAUGUAGCAAAGGUCAAAUCACUUGGUGAGACAUCCACCGCACAACGAAACGUGUUGCUGAGAAACACUGUUUUUACACCCAGUAACCACAUCUUCAUUGGCACGGUCAGAACCCACACGUCCACACCCGCCUCCAUGUCUUCACACCCUCGGGUCUGAGCGCCUCAUAGAGUCUCAUUUUAGUAGACUCUCGAACUCCGACUCCCACGUGACCGAGUUACACCCCGUUGGACUUAAUAUCAAAAAGGAUGCAACCUAAAACAUUUCAAACAUUUUUUUACUUUGAGCCGCAACAUCAGUUUAAGCUUGAGGUUUUUAUCGUUCUGUUCUUCUGCUUCAACACAAACUCUUCUGCAUGCAGUCGCCUCCAGUGCUGAGAAAAGGAGAUAACUUGAGUUUUGUAACACUUCAGUUUCUGAAAUUUCCUCCAUCACUGUGUCUAAAGGUGCAACUUCCUGAGCUGUAAUUUCCGGUCUUGUAAACUACCUCAUAUUUGACAGCUUCAGUUUAUGGCAGCAUACACCCUCUGAGCCUUUCCCCCCGUAUUUCAUUUGACACACUGCAAAGUGUAUUUGAAGAUCAUAGAGACUCUGAAUCUGAAUCCAGAAUUUUGGCACUUUGUUCUUUUACAUCUGGAUUUUCGUGCAGUCUUUUCUUAUAAUUUGUUUUUUGAUGUGAGUGAAUGUGUUCUGUGAUUUAUUUAUGUUGUAGCUUUGCAAGGCUAUAUAUACGAUAUAUAUUUUGUGUGUGUGUGUAAGUUGAGUACAAUAAAUCUUCCUCACAUCAUUCUGCAGAAG